AUGCUUCCUCUCCUUGCCGACACCAUUGGGCUUCUGGCCCCACCGCAAGCGGGUGAAAAAACGCCAGCGUCAUCACAUAUUUUGCAUCCCUCAACUCCAGCCGUGGCCUCAGCAUCUGCGGCUAGCGGCUGCUGCUGCUCCGCACCGCUCAGCUGCGUCGUCGUGGAUCUUGAAACUACUGGCUUUUCGCCCACCGCAGAUGAGAUCCUCGAAGUGGGCUGCGUGGAGCUUCGAUGGACGCCGUCUUCACGAACGACUUUGACAGGCCCGAAGGACGCCGAUCCUUGCGCACCGCCGUUGGAGAAGCAGGGCAGCUGCGGUGUCCUCGAGGGACUGUGGACACGCGGGGGACGGGUGUUUCACCGUUAUGUGCGGCCCUCCCACCCCCGCCGCAUCACUGCAGCCGCCACAGCCGUUCACGGAAUCACGUGGGAGAAGGUGCAGCACUGCGCCCCGUGGCCAGUGGUGGCAAGCGAGUUGGUGGCCUACAUGACCCUUAUCAGAGCCGAUGCUCUCUUCACCAAGUCCGUGCAGGUGGAGGCUGCGCAGCACGGCGGACACAGCGCCGUUCAUCUCCCACCGCUGGUGGCCCACAACGCGUUAUUUGACGCACGUUUCCUUGCGCAUCAUCUGCAGCGGUGUGGUUACCAAAUAUUUUGGCACCCUCAAUACCCUCUGACGUGCACCCGGCAGUGGGCGCAGGUGGCCUAUCCGCACCUGGCUAACAAUUUAGAUACCCUGUGUGCCUUUCUGAGCAUUGAUGGAGCAGCAGAUCGAGCCACCAACGGUCACGGUGCCCUCACAGACGCGACCUUGACGGCACUACUGUUUCUUCGAAUGUGCUGUCGCUGGACGGAACGGUUUGGUGGUGGCGGGUGA